AUGGCGUUGCUGUACUUGCGCUCGAGGAGGAUCAGCUCUGGCGCCCGGUACCAGCGCGUGGCGACGUUUGAGAUCCCUGUGGAGAACUUGCGACUGUUGGCAGUAGUUGAGUCCCAGAAGGAUUUGGAAAAUGAUAAGUUUGAUUUUUACGUAAUCGAAGAUGGUAUUCGACUUAAAGAGCUUCUUGGCGUCGGUGGGCAGGUAGUCCAGGAUCAGCGACAGCUCUUUCCCCUUGUCGUCCUCGAUCACUAUCUCCCUGAGGUUGAUGAUGUUGGGGUGCUUCAGUCUCCGCAGGAGCAGGAUCUCUCGGAGGAUUCUGAGGGAUUCGUGGAGGACGAGAUUAAAUUCUCCAAAGCGACCAAGGUUUCAGACGACGCCAAGGAUUUCAUCCUGAUUUGCCUUGAAAAAGAUCCAAGAGAUCGGUUCACCAUCGCGGAAUUGCUUGAGCAUCCCUUCUUGACCCAGCAGGAAAACGUACCUUUGGCGGAGUUAUAUUGA